GUCUCUUCCGGCCGAGUGCAGCCCAGGCUUCAGGGCUCCAAAGGACGACGGCAGGGGUAGGAGAGGUCUUCUGUAUGUGGAAACUGGUGCUCUGGUGGAUUCGCAAGGAUCUCGUGCCUUAAGUCCCCUCAUGUCCUCCUGUAGUGUCUGGACGACUACUUGCAGGCAGGUGCAUCUCCCACCCAACCUCCACCUCACAGCCUUGGGUCCGUCUCUCUUGGCUGGUAAGCCCAGGUUUUUCCUGACUCUCCAUGAAGAGCUGACCUUGAGUGCAGAGGCUGUCUCACUGCCGACCAUUGGCCUGUGACACAAAAGGCUUCCAUCAGACGGUCUCAGGGUCACAUGUUAAAGCCCCACAUGGCGGGGAAGAGGUCACCCGGCAGGCGGCCACUGCUGCUGCUGGGGCUGCUUGUCACAGUUGCCACCAUCCACCUUGUCACCUGUCCUUACACCAAGGUGGAGGAGAGCUUCAACCUGCAGGCCACACACGACCUGCUCUACCACAGGCUGGAUGUGGACAAGUAUGACCACCACGAGUUCCCUGGAGUUGUCCCCAGGACGUUUCUGGGGCCACUGUUGAUUGCGGCAUUCUCCAGCCCUGUGGUUUAUGUGCUCUCACUGUUGGAGGUGUCCAAAUUUUACUCUCAGCUGAUAGUCAGAGGAGUCCUUGGGCUCGGUGUGAUUUUUGGACUCUGGAUGUUACAAAAAGAAGUCAGGCGACAGUUCGGGGCCACAACAGCUGCCAUGUUCUGCUGGGUGACGGCCAUGCAGUUCCACCUAAUGUACUACUGCACACGAACACUCCCCAACGUACUGGCCCUGGCUGUAGUGUUGCCGGCCCUCACAGCCUGGCUGCAGCACAGGUGGGCCCACUUCAUCUGGCUCUCUGCUUUCGCCAUCAUCGUCUUCAGGGCUGAGCUCUGCCUGCUGCUGGGCCUCAUGCUGCUGCUGGCCAUGUGCUACAGAAGGAUGUCGGUGACCAGGCUCCUCCAGCACGCCAUCCCAGCUGGGGUCCUCUGUCUAGGACUGACAGUUGCUGUGGACUCCCAUUUCUGGCAAUACCUCGUGUGGCCAGAGGGAGAAGUGCUUUGGUACAACACCGUGCUAAACAAGAGUUCCAACUGGGGCGUAUCCUUUAUGACUGUGAGGUCGGGGAGAGGCUGCUCUUCACACCUGGGAAUCACUGGCUCCAAUGGCGUGGCCGGCUGCUCUGCCUUCUGCCCACUCUGCAGAUGUUAUACCACGCUCAGCUUUAGUCCUCAUGAUAGUCUGCCCUUUAAGAGCAUUUGCUAUGGGGUGGUUGGCAGGGUGGCUCCAGUGUUAGACCACCUGCUUAGCAAACAUGAGGCCCUGAGUUUGAACCCUUGUACUGACAAAAACACAAAGAACAUCGUAAUGGAGCAUUUCAGGCUGAAUAACUAUAAAAAGUCUUGGCUGUACAAGGCAGGGACCCUGCUUGUGAUAGGACACCUCGUGGUAAAUGCUGCUUACACAGUCACAUCCCUCUAUGUGUCGCAUUUCAACUAUCCUGGGGGCGUUGCAAUGUGGCGGCUGCAUGACCUGGUACCACCCCAGACAGAUGUCUUCCUGCAUAUCGACACAGCUGCUGCCCAGACUGGUGUGUCACGGUUUCUACAAGUCAACAGCGCCUGGAGGUACGACAAGAGGGAAGACAUGCAGCCUGGGGCGGCAGGCAUGCUGGCCUACACACACAUCCUCAUGGAGGCAGCUCCCGGGCACCUGGCCCUCUACAGGGACACCCACCGGGUCCUGGCCAGCAUCGAGGGCAUAACAGGCGUGAAUCUGAACCUGACUAAACUGCCUCCCUUUGAUGUAAACCUGCAGACGAGGUUGGUGCUUCUGGAGAGGCUUCCCAGGCCGUCCUGAGGGGCUGGGGGCUGGCCUGCAGUCCAGCAGCCUCCAGGAGCAUCGUGAGCUCAGGUCUCUGGCAUAGCUAAGGACUCAGUAUGGGAAGACAAAGCUGAGGACUGCCACCAUGCCCUGACAUUCACCUACUGGCGGGCCUGGGCCGUGCCACAGCCACACCUGGGCGUGUGGCUGAGAGAACAAGAGCCCAGGUCUUGCUGGCAUCCCAGGAGCCACCAAGGGAGACGGUGGCCUGCUCAGACCUGCCUAUGUGUGGUCAGGUGGGCAACAGGAUCAUUUAUGGUCCCAACUGGGUGUCAUUUAUAGUCAAGGAAGGACGGUGGUCAUGUGCUGCCUGCCCAGGCUCAGGAGACCACAGGGUAGAGCCAGGGCCUUAGCACAUGUGGGUAGCCCUUCUGAGUUCGCAGGCAGGCCAUCUCUGUUUCAGGUUAAACUUUGGAGAUAAAUAUAUCCGAAACAGAA